UCUACCUUUCAUGAGGUAGGGGUAUGAUUUGUGUACACUAUUCUUUUUAGACCUCGUGAGCUGGGAUGUAUCGGGGGAACGGGUUUACCUCCUUGUAUUGUGAAUUUUUUAAUUCAGAAUCAAUCAAAUUUCCUCAAAUAAACACAUUCCAUCUAUGUUUCUUAUUUAUAUAUUUACUUAUUCAUUCAGCCUUGUAAUUACUUUGAACUUAUUUAAACAAGUGAAUUUAUUUAUUGUCUAAUGUGCAAGCAACGCAGGUUUCUUUAUAUGAACAUUUAAGCAUAAACAAUAUUUUGUAGAUGAAAAUAAUUAGCCAUGUUUCUUUCGGAUUUAUUGGUGAUAAUAAUGGACAUCCACUUACUCAAAUAUAAAUUAUUAUCUUGCACUUUUAUUAAUUAAUAAUUAAUUAGCUUUCUUGACUUUCUGUUGGCCGGUAAAGUUUAUAUUUAAUUAGAUUUAAUGUUAUAAUUACAUUUAAUUUUUUUUUCCUUUGUUCCAAUAGCGGUAUUAAGGUCAACUUGGGCACAUCUCAGCUAUUUCAUUGGAUGUUUGUUAUCUCUCAUUAGAACAAACACUAGAAAUCACCAUAUUUUUCUUUUUAGUCGGUUAAAAAUCUCAUAUAUUUUAUUUACGUAUCUCUAACAAAAAGAAUGAUUUAAUCAUAUAACUAAAAAUAUUAGCAAUAGACCACAAAACAUAUACCACCUCUAAAAAAAUUAUUACGAUAAUAAUGCAAGUAAUUCGUAAAUAAUGCAUAAUUUAUCUGCGAAUUUGUAGCGAAAUCUCUCUUACACGCUAACGUGUGUCAAAACUAUGUCUAAAAACUCCAUUUUAUUACUACAUGACACACAAAAGAGACACAAGUGAAUAUUUAAGUGACGUGUAUCGAGGGCAAUGUUGUUCAAACUCUUAAAAAAAUGUUAGCCCCGCACCCGUGUUGGAUCCUCCAAAGUGCAUUGCUCGUCAAGGAUCCAACAUACAUUGACCUUUUUGAUGAGUCCAAGCAACACGGUAAGCUAUGUAUUAAGCCAAUAAUUUUACACCACAAUUAAUAAUAUUUGGCUCUAAUAGUAGGAAACUCACCAACCAUCUUUGUUUAUAAUGUCUCCACACUUCUCGCAAAACCAUUUGAGCCAAACUAACACAAACAUUUCCCAAAUCCAAACAUAGAGAGAAAGAGAAAGAGAAGAGAGCGCGUUGUACAAAGAGAGUCGGAGGGGGGAAAAGAGACGUAAACAAAGAGAUCUAUCGAAAGUAAGAAAGAAAAAUACACACAUUUACUUCUAUCUUACACAUUUUAUCAAACACUUUUCCGGCAAUCUAUCAUACACAAUUUUAUCAAGUGUAUAUAUCUUUCCUGCAAUCUAUCAUAAGACAUUUUAUCAAACACCUUUCCGAGCUAAUCUAUUAUACUCGUUUUAUCAAACACUUCUCCAACAAUCUAUCAUACACAUUUUAUCAAGUAUAUAUAUCUUCCCCGCAAUCUAUCAUAAGACAUUUUAUCAAACACUUUUCCAAAAAUCUAUCAUACGCAUUUUAUCAAACACUUCUCCGACAAUCUAUCAUAAGACAUUUUAUCAAACACCUUUCCGGGAUAAUCUAUUAUACGCAUUUUAUCAAACACUUUCCGGGCAAUCUAUCAUACACAUUUUAUCAAACACCUAUCAUUCAAUCUAUCAUAGGCAUUUUCUUUGGCAAUCUCAGACGCAUUUUAUCAAACACCUUUCGGGCAUUCUAUCAUGUACAUUUUAUCAAACAUCUUCUGUGCAAUCCAUCACACACAUUUUAUCAAACGACUUUAGCACAAUUUAUCUUCGACAUUUUAUCAAACACCUUACGCGCAAUCAUUAUUUCUAAGUUUAUAUACACAUACAUACCUGGUAAAUAUGAAGUUUUUCGUUGAACUUGUAUCGUGUUGUGGCUGUUCAUCAAAACGUGCACAUCGCACUGAAGAGGAAGAGGAGAUCCUUGUACCUACAGCUUCUGUAGCAUCGUCCGAUAUUAACAACAUUAUUAUGUAUAAAAGGAGGCGACGGAGGAGAAGAGGAUCGGCGAGAUCAGCUGGUUCAUUCCCUGAAUGGAAACCGUCUCUUUACUCCAUAUCGGAAGAUGCAGAUCAUGUUCUACCGCCGAGAAUGGUGGUAGCUAAUUCCGGCAGGAAUUUGAAGAAGAAGGCCGCGGUAGAUGCUUCGCGGCCUGUCAAUCAACUCCCUCAUCAUCGUAAUCGUAAAUCCAGGUUCUCCAGGAUAGCUUGCCUUGCUGCAAUGAUUCCAGCCCCUUUCUUGAUUUGAUAUUUGGACUAAUUAAUCCACCUCCGGCUCUCUUUGUUA